GCGCCCCUCUUUCCUAUCCGGGAUUUUCUUGAAAGUCUCUUGAGCUAUUCUUGUUGACAGCUCAGACGAAAGGGGGGAGGUUGAGGUUUGUGACGUGCAGAGGUGCGGAGAACAUGUCGUAGCUAGUGGAGGGAGGGACUGUAGGCUGCGAGCUGUGAGCGAAUGCGAUGUCGCGGCGAGAUUUUCCUUUCUCGCAAGCUAGACCAAACCAAGUGGGCAUUGGUCUACGGCGGAUUUUAUUCAUUCUCGUGACUUUGUGGCUGAUUAGUGUUCCACAACGCGGAUGGUUAUUUAGUUGAAGAAGGCGUCCUUUCUUUCAGCAGCAUGGAGUAGACCAUAGUCCAAAGCUCUUCAUCCUUCCAACCCACCGUUUGCCCUUUCCAUUUGACAAGAUCUUUUGGGAUCUAACUAGCAAAAUGGCACUCGAAAGAUUCUCUACUUUCUCGCAGGCGCCAUACGCCGCUGGGUUUCUCUUCGUUGCCUUGUCUUACUUUAUUGUCUACCCUCUAUUUGUAUACUUCAAGGACACAAAAGGUGGGCUUUCUUCAAACAUCCCCUUCAUGGUCCUUGCCCGCACCGGCGCCCGAUCUACCCAUCUCGUCAACCUCCACCGGGAGAAGGGCCCGAUCCUCCGCACCGGCCCCAACACCCUUUCUUUCAGUGAUGUCCGCGCCAUCAAGGACAUUUAUGGCCACGGAACCCCCUGCAUCAAGGAUGAAUCCUACGUCCUCACUGCCGGAUCUCACUACCACCUUGCCGACGUGGUCUUGUCUUCGGCCUAUGCCCUGAAGAACCUCGAGGGAUGGGAACACAAGGUCGCAGACAAGCGCUGCACCGACCCCCUCCCCAAGGAUCAGAUGUUCCCCAAGCCAGAGGAUUUGACCGUUGACUACCGCAAAUGGGGCAACUUCUUCACCCUCGACGCCAUCGCCGACAUCGGUCUCUCCGAACGUCUCGGCCUGCUCGAUCGCGGCCACGACCGCGUCCUCGCCCGCCACAAAGAUGGUUCAACCUGGGAAGUCCCCCUCCGCGACUUCCUCUACCCCACCGCCCGUAAACAGUCCCUUCUCGUCUGGAGCUACGACAACUACAAGCUCAUCGACAAGCUUUCGAACGUCAUCCCCCGCUACCGCCAGAUGACCGAGGCCUCUAAGGGUUGGGACGGCAUCGUCCUGGAACUCUCCUACAAGCGCCUCCAACGCUACAACAAGGGCGAUGAGAAACUCGACGACUUCUUCCAAGCCCUGAUGGAGAACAAGAACGGCGAGGCCAACAACCUCGAGUGGGGCGAAAUCGUCGCUGAGAUCAACAUCAUGAUGAACGCCGGCAGCGUAACCACUGCGAUCGCCGUCACGAACGUCCUCUACCAGCUUCUUAAGAACCCGAAAUACCUCCAGCUCCUCCGCGAAGAAGUUGACAGCGUCCUUGAUGCUGACGAAAUUGUCGCCCCCUAUGACAAAGUUAAGCACCUCCCCUACCUCCGCGCCUGCCUCGACGAGUCCCUCCGCCUGUUCCCUCCCACGCCGCAAGGCCUGCCUCGCAGGACACCUCCCGAAGGCAUGUACAUCAUGGGCGAGUGGGUACCGGGCAACACCACCGUGAGCAUGUCCGGCGUGGUCGCCCACCGCGACGAGACCGUCUUCCCCGACGCCGACAAGUAUGUGCCGGACAGGUGGCUUGGCGACAAGGGCAAGGAGCUGCAGCCGUACUUCUUGGCCUUCUCCGCCGGCGCGAGAGGGUGCAUCGGUCGCAACAUUUCAUACCUUGAGCAGGCUGUGCUCUUGGCGUCGGUUGUGCACAGGUAUGAGUUUGCUCUGCCGCGGGACUUUGAGAUGGCGCGUGAGGAAACGAUGAACUGGUUGCUCGGAGAAAUGCCCAUCAAGGUUUGGAGGAGACAGUUGGAGGAGGUUGAGGCACACUAGAUUCCCAUAAGAGGACUUAGAUUUUACGACUUAUGGUAGUGUAUUUGGCGUUGGCGUGAUAGAUAUCAAUUAAAC